AUGAAGCAAAGAUUUUCUUCCGCCAUAUCGCAAGAGCUACACGCUCAACUUCCUGGUCUACGACUGAGUAACAUUUACGAUCUCUCUUCCAAAAUCCUCCUGCUCAAAUUUGCAAAGCCGGACCAAAAGGCGCAACUCAUCAUCGACUCGGGUUUUCGUUGCCACUUGACAGACUUUGCGCGGACCACCGCACCAGCACCGUCCCCUUUCGUCGCCCGGCUAAGAAAGUUUCUCAAGACCCGCCGUCUUACAUCUGUUUCCCAGAUUGGUACCGAUAGAAUUAUUGAGUUCCAGUUCAGCGACGGUCAAUAUCGGCUAUUUCUGGAGUUCUUCGCCGGCGGCAAUGUCAUACUCACAGACAACGAACUGAAGAUUUUGGCUAUUCUGCGCAACGUCAAGGAAGGAGAGGGUCAAGAACCCCAGCGCAUCGGGCUUACCUACUCCCUCGACAACAGACAAAAUCAUGGCGGCAUUCCCGAGUUCACUAAGCAACGUCUCCGUGAUGCCCUCACCAAGACAGCCGAGAAGGCAGCUAAUGCAUCCGGUGCCACAAGAAAAGGACGAAAGUCUGGCGCUGACCUGAGGAGGGGCCUUGCUACUAUAAUCACAGAGCUUCCGCCAAUAGUUGUCGACCAUGCCUUUCGAUCCACCAACUUUGACGCCGGGGCACAAGCCGCCGACAUACUACAAAACGAUGAUACUUUUGAUGCGCUGUUCGAAGCGCUUGAGGAGGCGCGGAAGAUUCUGGUUGCCAUUACGAGCUCGGCUCAGAUCACAGGUUACAUCAUAGCUAAGGCCAAAGAUGGGGCUGCAAGUGUCCAAAGCGAAGACCAGGGUUCAGAAGGGGCCGUUGUAAAGCCAUUUGUUCCUGGAUCGAGCAAGGACCUGAUAUAUGAGGACUUUCAACCAUUUUUGCCCAAACAGUUCUCCAGCGACCCCAACAAUAUUAUCCUCGAGUUUGAGGGCUUCAACAAGACUGUCGACGAGUUCUUUUCAUCCCUCGAAGGUCAAAAGCUCGAGUCCAGAUUGACAGAAAGGGAAGCAGCCGCCAAGAGGAAAUUGGACGCCGCGCGAGAGGAGCAGGCAAAGCGUAUAGAGGGGCUGGAAGAAAGCCAACUGCUCAAUUUCCGCAAGGCUGCAGCAAUCGAGGCUAACGUGGAGAGGGUUCAGGAGGCCAUGGACGCUGUCAUUGGCCUCCUUGAAAAUGGUAUGGAUUGGGUUGACAUCAAUAAGUUGGUUGAGAGGGAGCAGAAGCGGAACAACCCAGUUGCUGCCAUAAUCAAGCUACCCAUGGACCUCGCCAAUAACACCAUCACUUUGCGCAUUGGCGAAGAGGAAGAGGACGAUUCCAAGGAUGGUGUCGAAGAAGGCUACGAGACAGACUCAACCGUAUCCGACGAUGACGAUGAGGCCGAGGCGAAAUCACAACCGUCGAAGCGAGAGCUGGAGGUGGAUAUUAAACUCAACUUGUCGCCCUGGAGUAAUGCGGGAGAGUAUUACGACCAAAAGCGCAGUGCAGCUGAGAAACGAGAGAAGACUAUUCAGCAAUCUUCCCUUGCUCUUAAGAGUGCCACGCAAAAAAUCACGCGAGAACUACAGAAAGGGUUGAAACAAGAGAAGCCAGUCAUACAGCCAAUUCGCCACCAGAUGUGGUUCGAAAAGUAUUUGUGGUUUAUAUCUUCGGAUGGGUACCUGGUCUUGGGUGGUCGAGAUGCUCAGCAAAACGAGAUGAUUUAUCGCCGACAUCUUAGUCGCGGUGACGUUUAUGUUCAUGCAGACUUGAACGGCGCCCCUAAUGUAGUGAUCAAGAACAACCCGAGGACUCCUGAGGCUCCUAUACCACCAUCGACGUUGUCACAGGCUGGUCAGCUAACCGUAUGCGCCUCCAAUGCAUGGGAUGGAAAGGCGGCGAUGGGAGCGUACUGGGUCAAUGCCGACCAAGUCUCGAAAGCUGCUCCAACCGGAGAAUUCUUACCUGCGGGCAGUUUCAUGAUUAAGGGAAAGAAAAACGAGCUGCCUCCGGCAACCCUUGUCAUUGGAUUUGGCCUUCUCUUCAGGAUCAGCGAGGAGAGCAAGGCUAAGCAUGCAAAACAACACCGUGUGUAUGAUCCAGUCGAAAUUGGGACCGCCUCCGUUGAAAAUGCCAACACGAAUCCUCUUGAGAACAACAUGCCAACGCAAACAGCCGACCAAGAUUCAGGGAGUGAUGACGAGGGCGCUGAGGCAGAUGAUGACGCAAACCUCGCUAGGGCCAAUCCUUUGCAAUCCAGAGAGAGCGGAGAUGGUGGUGAUUCAGACAACGAAUACAACGCCGCAGUACCCACAAACACCAUGGCAAAGCUGGAUGUCACUGAAGGCGAUGCAGGGACACCUGAUUCCGUCGAUGAUAACGGAGUGAAUCUGGACGGCAACGGGAAGUCAGAGAGCGUUGCGGAAGAAACUGAGGAACGAGACAGUAAUCGUCCUGGGUCAGCUACUCCUGCCUUGUCUUCGACUGGAACGUCUACUCCUCAGCAAAAGAAAGGCCAGCCGAAACGAGGCCAGCGUGGAAAGGCCAAAAAGAUAGCACAGAAAUACAAAGACCAAACUGAGGAGGAUCGUAUCGCUGCCGAGACGCUCCUGGGCGCCACUGCAGGUAGGCUGAAGCGCGAGGCUGAGGCCAAAGCCAAGGCGGAAGAGGCGGCGGCUCUGGAGGCUGCAAGGGAACGACGCCGGGAGCAGCACAGGCGACAGCAGAAGGAAGCUGCCGAGCACGAAGAGGCACGCGCAAAGCAAAUGAUGGGUGAAGAUGACGGGGACAUUUCGGGUGCCUCAUACGACUUUGGUGCUUUGGAGACAUUGGUCGGCAACCCUUUACCUGGCGAUGAGAUCCUUGAGGCCAUCCCCAUCUGUGCGCCGUAUGCGGCUAUGGGCAAGAUCAAGUACAAGGUCAAGCUUCAGCCCGGCGCACAGAAGAAAGGAAAGGCUAUCAAGGAGAUCCUCGAAGCGUGGAAAAACGUAUCAACCAAGAAGGGUGUCAUGGAUGAGCAAGCAGCUGAUACUGAGCGUAUGUGGCCACGCGAAAUAGCUCUCAUCAAAAGCCUGAAACCUGAGGAAGCCAUGAAUUGCGUUUUUGCUGGCAAGGUCAAGAUUAUGAUGACGGGCGGUGCGAGUGGAGGUGGUGGCGGUGGUGGUAAGGGAGGAAAGGGGUCUAAGAAGCGAUAG